AUGUUUAUGCUGAGAAACUUAAGCAAAUUCGUCUUUGGUGACAGUUCCAAGGAAACCAUCGUAGAGAUCCCACAGGGCCAGCUCUAUCUUGUUCGCCCGCGUUCCGUCAAGGGCUACUCUGAGCUCAUCUUCAAGGACGCCGCCGCCUCUAUCCGUCGCACGGGGCAGGAGUUCCAGUACCAGCUUGUCGUUCAGCGCGCCUACGAAGAGGGCGAGGAGGAUCUGCUCGCAGAGGAGGGAGGUGAAGACGGCGGCAUCGACGCAUUAGUCAGCGACAAGGACGAAAAGACAUUUCUCUUGGACGAGGACCUCCAGUUUCGCGACGACGUCCGUUCAACUGGCGAGAAGAUCUUUGCCUGGCGCGACCUCAGCGGUGACGUAGACGACCUUUGGGAGUUUGUGUGCGACGCCUCGGUCAAGCCCGAGACCGCUUCUCUCUUUGAACGCGUGGCCCUGCAGUGCCAGUACGAGCGCAAGUUUAGACGUAGCCACGAACACGCCACCGAAGACGACCUUGCAGCUCUCGCGUACUACGAAGAGCCUAUUCCUGACGCGAGUCCCAUAGCUAGCCCGAUUAGCAAGCCCCAAGCAUCACACGUCGCACCGCCGACAACAGAGGAGCUGUUCCCGAGCACAACCAAGGAAAAGAUGGCCAAGAAGGUGGCAGGCAAGGGUAGUGCUCCAGCCGGGAUAGAGGAUUCUACGGCAGCUCCACCGUCCGCGGCGCAACCGGAUGCCGUGGAGGUGCUGGCUGAAGUCACUGCUGAACUCCAUCUGUUCGACUUUCCCUCCGGCACGUUUAUGAAGCAAGAUCCGAAAGUACACGUCACUGUCACGGAAAUUGGCGACUGGAACUACUGGCUACAUAUUGUUGGUGACGAGCGUGAAUGGCUCGGCCAGCCUGUCGUCGAAGACAUUAACCCAGUAUUCAACUACGAAUACAAGUCGUUCAUCUUCAAUCAUUACCUGGAGGAUGGCUCUGCGUACUCGUGGCUUUUACGUUUCAAGGACCAAGAAGAGCUGGAGACUGUGCAGCAGGGUGUGAUGCAAGCCCUUUGGGAGCACCUUAACAAGGUCAAAUGGGGCAAGGCCAAGGACACAGACCGUGAGUAUGUUUUGGAGGCUUUCCAAGACAUGACCAUGGAUGAUGCACCAGAUGAGCAGGAGGAGGAAGAAGAAGAAGAGGAGGAGGAGGAAGAGGAAGAGUACGAGAGCACCAACGAUCAACGUAGCGAACACUACGAUUCGGAUGAGUCCGAGGAUGACGUCGAUAACGGUCCCAAGGACGGUGCUGAGAACUCGCAACUGGCAGUUGGAUACAAGCAUGAUCGAUCAUUUGUCGUACGUGGGGACAAGAUUGGUGUGUUCAAACACACCAACGACAACCAGCUACAGUUUUCGACGACAAUCUCCAACAUCAAAACUCCAAAGGGCAGGGCCUUCAACCCCAACAAGGUCAUGCUUCAUCAGCAAGAUCGCGACCUGGUUCUGCAAAAUUCGGACAACCCGCAUGCGCUGUACCGCAUGGAUCUGGAAACCGGAACUGUUGUAGACGAGUGGAAAGUCCACGAUGACAUUCCUGUCAAGGUCUUUGCGCCAGAAAGUAAAUUCGCCCAAAUGAGUGGCGAGCAGACCUUCCUUGGUCUCUCUGGCAAUGCACUUUACCGUGUUGAUCCCCGCUUGAAUGGUAACAAACUUGUCGAUGAUCAGCUGAAGCAGUACGUGACGAAGAAUGAGUUCUCGGCUGCGGCUACCACAGAAAAGGGACACAUUGCUGUUGCUUCUGAAAAGGGCGACAUUCGUCUCUUUGACCGACUGGGUAUCAACGCCAAGACCCUCAUCCCAGCUCUCGGUGACCCAAUCAUUGGCAUGGACGUAUCAGCAGAUGGUCGAUGGGUCCUUGCCACAACCCGGACCUAUCUCCUGCUUAUCGACGCACUCCAGAAGGGUGGAAAGAAUGAUGGCAAACUUGGCUUCGAGAAGGCUUUCGCAAAGGAUGACAAGCCCCAGCCCCGUCGUCUAGCACUUACACCAGCCCACGUCGCCCAGUUCCAGCAUGAAACGAAAGCGCCCAUUUCAUUCACCACCGCACGCUUCAACACGGGUCUUGAAGACAAGGAAACCACCAUCAUCACCGCCACGGGCCCCUUCAUCGUUACCUGGAGCAUGAAGAAGGUCCUGGCCAACCGCAAGGAUCCAUACAGCAUCAAGCGUUACUCGGAGCAAGUCAAGGCAGACAAUUUCAAAUUCGGCUCAGACAAGAAUCUUAUCGUCGCCCUGCCCAACGAAGUCGACAUGGUGGCCAAGAGAGCGCUCCAGCGGCCGACGCGCGAGAGUAUUGCGACUCCGUCGCGAGUCGGUGCGAAUCGACGGAGUGGUGUGCGCGGAAGUUAUCUGGGUCGCAAUGACAUUGUUAACAGCCCAUACUAG